AUGUCUACUUCAGAGUCAUCAAACAAAGGAGUUUUGGGAAAAAGACCUCAUGAAAGUACGGAUAUCGGGGAAAGCAAUCAUGGGCAAAUGCACCCUCGCAACAAAUAUAAAAGCAAUCCUCCGGAUUUUGCGGCACUUGCAUUCAAGUAUUCCUCAUUUUACCCUUACGUGCAUUAUACCAAAGAGGGAAAGCCGUACAUUGAUUUCAAGAACCCAGAAGCUGUUAGGGAACUCACGUAUUGCCUAUUACGUAAUGAUUUCAAUCUCGUUUUAGAAAUCCCGUUAGAUUCGUUAUGCCCACCGAUUCCAAAUAGACUGAAUUACGUUCACUGGAUCGAAGAUUUGGUAUCAACGACAGAAAUGCGGCAAGAUCGAUCUGUAUAUGGAAUAGACAUUGGGACAGGUGCUUCCUGCAUUUAUCCAUUGUUGGGUUGCACAUUAAAUAAAAAUUGGGUAUUUUUGGCGACUGAUAUUGAUAAAAAAACAGUAGAAUAUGCGGAGUCAAAUGUGCAGAGAAAUAAUUUAGAUGGUAGAAUUACCGUUGUGCACAAUCAAACCGACAAAAAAAUUUUACUUUCCGAAGAAGUGAUAUCUAAUAAUAAUAUUAAGUUUGCAUUCUGCAUGUGUAAUCCUCCAUUCUAUGAAAGUCAAGAACAGUAUGAGAGAGGUGUAGAACUUAAGCAGUCAUUUCCUACAUCAGUGUGUACCGGUUCACCUCGCGAAAAAAUUUUUCCGGGUGGCGAGUUCCAAUUUAUUAAGGACAUUUUGGAAGAAAGUUUGACCUUAAGAAAUAAAAUACGAUGGUAUACUUCCAAAAUUGGUCGAAUGGAGACAGUCAAUAAGAUCGUUCGGGAGUUAAAAAGAAAUGGGAUUGACAAUUAUGUAGUUACAGAAUUUUGUCAAGGAAAAACGCGAAGGUGGGGUAUUGGGUGGUCUUUUGGAAGUCAAAGACCGACUAUGAAUAUUUCACAACCGACCUCUAAAAAACUUCGUAAAGCUUCACCGCCAAAAACAGAGUUCAGUAUCGUGUUGCCUGCUGAACCGGAUAAUGUUGCCGAAUUCUUGCAGCAACUGUUUGAUGAAUUAGAAAUUUCUUGGCAGUGGAAUGAAGAAACUGUAGUAUUCUCCGGUAGUGCGAAAGUUAACACAUGGUCGCGUGCUGCAAGAAGGCAGAGGUUAAUGAAAGCAGAACGCCAAAUAGAACAGCCAGUCGAGGUCGUCUCAUCAAAUGAUGAACCGUUGUUUGAUUUUUCUUGUCACCUUGAACCCUGGAAUAACAGUAAUGAUGCAACAAAAAUGACAGUUUCAUGGACAAAUGGUAAGGAUAGAGGUAUUUUUGAAUCAUUUUAUGGUCAUAUAAAGAAACGUUUAGAGCAGGAAUUGGCUUCGGAUGAAUAA